AUGUCAAAAUCUAUAGGCAAAUAUGUAUAUGACGAAAAAAACUUAAUUGGUUCUGGUGCUUUUGGGAAGGUUUACCGAGGGUUAGACACAGAAAAACAGAUGGAAGUAGCAAUUAAAGUUUCUUCAAUAAAAAAUGUUAGAAAAGAGGUCUUGGCCAUCAUCGAGAAUGAGAUUUAAGUAAUGAAAAGACUGGAGCACCCGAAUUUGAUUCAACUAUACGAUGUUUUUGAAUAAAAUGACGAGAAGAUAGUUGUGAUGGAGUUAUGUAAGCGAGAUUUAAAAGACUUACUCACCAAGAGGAAUCUUCAAGAGAAUGAAGUUUUACACAUCGUACUUCAAUUGGCAACUGGUUUGAAAGAAUUGGUCAGAUUGGGGUUACUUCAUAGAGAUGUAAAACCCGCAAACUGCUUUGAAUGUGGAGGUAUCUUUAAACUCGGCGAUUUUGGAUCUGUUGUUGAAGCAGACUACAGUGGAAAGAAAUUAAUGAAAUAACAAUUUGGUACUUUAGCUUAUGAAGCACCUUAAAUGAUGAUGAAAGAUAAGUAUAGUGUCAAAUGCGAUAUUUGGUCUUUGGGAAUACUCAUUUAUGAAUCUCUUUUUGGAUAGCUUCCUUGGCAAUGUCAAUCUGAAGGGUAGUAUCUGAGGGCCAUAAAAACAUGGGGUGUUAGAUUUCCGAUGGGGAAGAGAAUUUCAAAUGAGUGUAAGGAUUUCAUUAUAAGAUGCUUGGUUAUCCAAGAACAUAAUAGAAUGGAUUGGGAUUAAUUAUUUGAGCAUAGAUGGCUUAAUAUCAAAGAGCACGAAAGAAAAUUUAACAACUCAUUAGUUUUUGAAUAAAUUGAGGAUUAACUGUUAGAUCAUCUUAAUGAAGUGGCUACAUAAUAGCAUUUCCAUCCACAAGAAACCUUCCAGAGAUACGAUUUCGAUAACAAAGGAGUGUUGGACUAUUUAAAAUUCGAACGAUUUUUGAUAUAAUUUGAUCCCCGACUAACCAAAAAAGAGAUGAUGGCCAUUUUUGUACAUUUGGACAAGCAUAAAAAAAAUGUAAUAGAUCUUUCUUAAUUCUAAUAAAUAUUUAGUAAAUGA